AUGGAUGACUCCUAUGAUAUGCUUCAAGCCUGUAAAAAUGCUCACCACAAUGCCGCAGUCGAGACCCACUUUCUUGUUGCUGACCAAGACUCUGUGGAUUUGGUUGUUAGUUGCUUGGGACUACACUGGACUAAUCUGCCUGGAGCAAUGAUACAGUCUAGAUUGGCAUUGAAGCCUGAUGGCUUAUUUUUAGCAGUUAUUCUUGGUGGAGAAACAUUGAAGAAGCUCAAAAUAGCUUGUACGUUGGCACAAAUGGAGCGUGAAGGAGGGAUCAGUCCCCGAGUAUCACCUUUGGCACAGGAUGAUGUGGUUAUGUGUUACUUGUCAUUGUCUCUUGGCAAUGCCAUAAUGAAUUCCAUGAUUUUGUGUAAAAGUAACUUUAUUUUGAAGCAAAUAGCUAGUAUAAGAAAGCUGGAACUAAGACCUUCUGUCCUCCAUUUUCAGGUUCGAGAUGCUGUGAAUCUUUUUGACUAG